AUGGCCUGGAAAGCGUUGCGUUACUUCUUCUUACUCUUGAACUCUAUGCUGCCCGCCCUUGCCAAAAGCCAUGUCUUCGAGUUGACUCCCGAGACCUUCGAUUCAUACAUCUGCGAGCACGAGACGGUCCUUGUGCAAUUCGGCUCGCCAUGGUCAGCUCACUGCAGAAGACUUACUCCGGCGUUCGAAAAGGCAGCCGGGUUCCUCAAGGACUACAACAUCCAUCUCGCCACAAUCGACUGCCCGACAUACUAUGACAUGUGCGAGCGUCAUGGCAUCACGAGCUAUCCGAUGAUGAGGAUCUAUGAUGGUGAUCCUGAGGACUUCAGGCCGUAUGAGGGUGGAAGGGCCGUGGAAGACAUCAUCAAAUACAUGUCAGGCCAGACGUGUCCGCCUGAGAUCUGUCCCAGAACAACAGCCAAAAAGCCGCGUCCACCAACACGUCCAACCCCAACACCACUACCGAACCCAUAUCCAAACUCCACCGCGCCAAACGCGGUCUGGAUCUCCGACAACCACACCGAAGCGCUGGUCAAACUCCAAUUACCUGGUCUAGAAACCCUCUCACCGCCAACUGACAACCCAACGCGCCCCCUUUCCGUCCUGCUCAACUUUGCCAUCUCCCCCAACUCUCACCAUCUCCUCCUCAACUCUCGCCCCCUCGCCCUCACCAUCCCCUCGCCCUCCCGCCCGCAGCGACUGGAAGCCGCCCGCGUCCUCACCGACUUCGACAUCACGGACACCAACAAACUGCGCCUUGGUGAUCUCGACUACGUAAGAACAGAAGCCGGCCACUUACUCACCGGGCUGGACUACUCCCUCUCCGCUCGCAACCGAGAUGAUCCGGGGAUACGUUACUACAUCUACCACCCAGAACUGUACCUCGAAAUCAUCGGCGCCGGACUACCUGGCCUACAGGUGCAGACAACGUUGAUGGAUUCCGCAGAGCAGAAAUGGCUCAAAAUCAAUCUCCGCGAAACCAACAGAGUCCCCUCAGAUGACCCUAACCGCUCGUUCGUGAUCGACAGUAUCUCGAUCGAAGACCGGGCUCAGAAUCACAAGGCGCCGAGACCGGACGACAAGACUUGUAGUCUCUGGAGCUGGCGAUGUGCAGACACCGCGGAUCCGCCGUGGUAUCAGUUCGUGUGGAGGGCGAAUUUCGAUGAGUUUGGACGGAUUGGGUGUUUGAGGCGAGCGCUGUUGAUGCGGAAGGCGGAGGUGGAGAUGGUAUUGCCGGUGCCGUGGUGGGUGGUGGGAGUGUUGGCGGUGGGAGGGCUGGGGUGGCGGGUGAGGGGGAGGUGCAGGAGAAGAGGGAAGGAGGGGCUGCCGGUCAAGGUUGGGGAGGUGGUUAAGGAGCGGAAAUGA